AUGACAAGCCUGCUCAUCCAGCUGGAAUACUCGGUAGUUGACGUUUAUUCCAUACAGAACAUGCAAGAACGAAGUGCCAUAGGCAAGGGACAACAUGAACACUCUCAACACCCUCAAACCAUUUGUCCCCCUAACAAACCAUUCCACCACCCCAACCCGCUCCGGGCCGCAACCCGAGCACAAAUUAACAUUGGACAAAAGCUCACCCAGACGCGCGGGAAAGAGCAGGCGUACUCGCCUGGGAUAACUCCCGCGGAGCCACUUCCAUUCCCGAGAGUAAAGCCAUGCACGAGGGAGCAAGACUUCCGCUCCAUCCGCGGAACCCUAAUCCCUGCUCACUGUCCCUUGCACAAUGGGUUUUGGGGCGAUUGA